AUGUUCUUAUUCACAUUAAUUUGUUUAUACUUAACUUUCUUUAUUACAGUAAUAAAUGCACAAUCACCCUACUCCCCUAAUGAUCUAAGAGCUCCAGAACGCGGAAUACUUAUUGACAAGAAAAUUAUAAUCUUUGAUAGUGCUGACUUUGGCAUUAAAAACACCAAUGCUUUUUCCUUGGACCUUUCUACUAAUUGGACCGUAUCAGAGCCAGCUUUCACCAAAAUCGAUAAUCUAUUGAAUGCACCAACGUUUCGUUAUACUGCUUUUAGUGCACUUAAAAACAACACUCGCUCAUUAAUAUAUGCUUUUGGUGGAUUAAUUCCAACCAAUGAAAGUAAUUGGAAUUCAGGAACUUUCGUAAACGACUUUUAUCAAAUUGAUGUAACGUCUUACCCAAUUUCAAUUUCCUCUGUUAAAUCCGGAGGUGCUUUACCAAGCAGAUGCGCAUUUGUUAGUUCGAUUUUUGAUGACAAAGGAAAACUUUAUAUCUGGGGUGGAAAUACUGGCGAUACUACAGAUCAAGCCAUGUACAUAUUUGACACAGUUGACUCAACAUGGAGCCGAGUUCUCUCUUCUUAUAUUCCUGCGCAAAGAUCAAGCUAUUCAAUGACUUUCACGAAUGGCAAAAUUUAUUUUAUUGGUGGAGUUUUCGCAAAUACCAUUAAAUAUGUCGAUAUUCGCGAGAUUUUGAUAUAUGAUACUCUCAAUACAAAUAAUAAUCCAUGGUCUAUAAGAAAUGCGACAAAUAAUACAUAUAUAAGUGACCGCUAUUUUCAUUCAGCCGUUCUAGUGCCCAAUAGCCAACAAAUUAUUCUAUAUGGUGGCUCAUUAUCAAAUCAUUCAGGCGUUUCGUCUGAUUAUUUGAUUACUUUAGACUUGCAAACUGACGGAGGAGGAAAUACUACAGAAUCGGCUGAAAAUUAUAAAGACUAUAAUAGCAAGAAAACUACGAUAAUUGUUUGUUCCACAGUUGGCGCAGUUUUACUUGCACUUCUCGUAUUCUGCUUAUUUCGUCCAGCGAAUGUUAAGUGUUUCGAGCAGUACCACACGGCACCAGCUGCUAUGCCUUAUUCUCAUUAA